ACCCCCAGUAAGAGAAUGAGCGAGAGAGACAUACAAAGCCUGAGCAAAUGGGUUUUCGUGCUCACUCUCUGCCUUACCACGCUGUGGGGAAGACUGACGCUGGCCUCCACCCAUCACAGAAGCCAUUCAGUGCACGUCGAGCCCGGCACGUGCGAAGUCAUUGCAGCUCACAGGUGCUGCAAUAAGAACAAGAUCGAGGAGCGCUCCCAGACAGUGAAAUGCUCCUGCUUCCCAGGGCAGGUGGCAGGGACAACGCGGGCAGCUCCCUCCUGCGUGGAUGCCUCCAUCGUGCUGCAGAAGUGGUGGUGCCAGAUGGAGCCGUGCCUCGACGGGGAGGAGUGCAAGGUGCUGCCCGACCUCUCGGGCUGGAGCUGCAGUAGCGGCAACAAAGUGAAGACGACCAAGGUCACACGAUAGCCUCCGUGCAGCUCGGCGGCAGCUCCCCGGUGCUCUGCAGAGCUGUGAGCUGCGGGACGUGGCCCGGCCAGGCGGUGCCUGCGGAGGCAGGAUGAUCCGGGGCUGCCAUCCUGGGCUUGCUGGCGGGACCGUGCCAGGUACCGGAUCAGAGCA